UCGAUACCAAACGAAUGUUUUCAGACUGGUAUACAGCCACGAUUUCCAUGAAACUAAUUAUACCGGCUUAUUGUUACUAGCGCAUAACACCAUUUUAGUAUUUGUCGAUUUCAUAUAAAAGAGGGAUUAUUGUUUUUGUUGAAUGCAUAGAUUCGAUCAACUCGAACGAAAACGCAAUCAUGAAAACCGUUUUACUUGUAGCAUCCUUCCUGAUCCUCUCAGUGGCAUUCACCAAUGCCGUUGACGAUGAAGCAGACUGCAAAUGUUGGAAAGACUUUGUUCCCGAACUCCACAUCGACCACUACCAUUGCAGAGGAUUGAAACAUAAACGUCUCUUCGAUUGUAAUGAGCCAGAACCCCCACUUUGCAAGUGUACAGUUGAUGGAAAACAAACUGUAUUAGAUUUGGGAGAGGUUCACUGUGCUGGAAUCAGGGGAGCCGGUAAGGACUGCGAUAAUGUUGCCGAAUUUGAAGAAUUGUUCAAGAAACACCCUCAACUCCGACUUCAUCAUUAGUUUCGUUGGAUUUUUAUUGUUGAAAACAUGAAUUACCUGAAUUGUUUUGAAAUAUAUAAUGAGCCGUAAGA